UCAAAGUCGAACCAGUACCCAAACACGUCGCUGAUCCAAAUCGAAGGAGUAAACACCACAGAGGAAGUGACAUGGUACAAAGGGAAACGAAUGGCUUACAUCUACAAAGCCAAGACCAAGAAGAACGGUAGUCACUACCGGUGCAUUUGGGGCAAAGUCACAAGGCCUCACGGUAACAGCGGCGUGGUUCGAGCCAAAUUCACUUCCAACUUGCCUCCUAAAUCAAUGGGAGCCCGAGUUCGAGUGUUUAUGUAUCCGAGUAACAUCUAA